AUGGUGUUGCAUGGAAGAUUCACUCAUGUGAUUUCAGAGAUCGUUAUGGUGUUGUAAAGGUGUCAUCAACGGACUGAGCAAGGCGCAGAGGAGAAUCGAACCAGCGACCCCCGCGAGGACAGCUGAUAGACUUGCCGACUGCGCCAAGGCAAACACUCCUCGGAGAGGCAGUACGACGGCAAUACCCUCCAGUGGCACGUGGUGGGCGUCAUUCAAUAUUUAUUUCACUCGAAACAAGGGAAUAGUAAAGACUUUGACGCCGUAUUGAUUCAAUUUUCAGAAUUUUUCAUAUGGCCGUUAUCAAUGCGACCCUAUUGCAAGAAAUUAAAUUAAUUGAUUUUCGUCCUCUCACUUAUUAUCUUUCUUUUUCUCCUUUUUCUGAAAUUUUUUUUCUUUAAGUUCUCCAAUUUUUUUUCUGUUUUAAGUUAAUAACAAUAUUUCCUAUCGAUAGAUCAAAAAAGCACACCAAGCCGAACGACAGUUCAAACGUCUUUUCUAAAAGAGAUUAACUCAUUCUUCCAAUUGGCCCAUAACAUAAUGAAAGAGCUGCUUGCAGGCAAUAUUGCCCUUUUUAUUUUGCCUCCGUCAAUUAUCCAAAGAAGAAAUCUUCUCUCCUGACUGAGUUGGCGUUCGAAUUGAUGGGAAACGAGAGAGGAUACGAGCUGUUUUUGGGCGGCGAAUUGGCUAAGGCUCUGUGGAAGCUCCCGCGGGAAAUAAGGUUUCAACCUGCGUACUCACUUCCUGCUCCAUCCGUUCAAUUCGACGCCUUCUCCCUCUGAACGUCUUCGCGUCAACACAGGUUCUCUCUUCUUUCUUUCUUUUCGUGCCAAAAUAUGGAAACCGUCUCACUUGUUUACAUUCCGAUUCAAUCCAAUAUUUUUAGCACCAUCUGGUGGCAAUAUAAGUCCCACUUUGUGCAAAAGUGCAUCACAAAGCCUCCAAUUUUCGUUGCGCUUGAUGGAAUUUGACAUGGGAACGGCGCAGAAAUCAAAUAUAACGCCGCCAAAAGAAGUAAAAAGCUUCUUCUUUUCUCUCCUCAUUCAUUUUUAACGACGACGAACCUGAGAGCUAUUCAAGCUGGUUCAUAAAGUCUUUCUCGGCUUUUUUCUAAAGAAAAAAAAGAAAUUUAAUAGGUAGAAAACUCUCCGAUAUUUAUAUUGCAUUCAGCUUUUUCUUUUGUGAAUCAAAUUCUCUUGUUUUCGGCUUCCGAAUAUGGAAGGUCUUAUUAUUUUUUUAUGUUAAAUAAUGGCAGUGAAUAAACUAUCUAUUAUUAUUGUCCGUUUUAAAUUUUUGAGAAAAAAACUUUCUCACUGAAGGAAUAUAAGUUUUUCUUUUUUUUUUCCUUAGCUAUAUUUUCUUUCAUAUAGAGGUACGAAUAUGGAGGUGCUAAAAACUAUUCAUUUUUUAGACUUACAAACAUGUAAAAUUAAAAAAGAAAUCACUAUCCUAAAAAUUCCAAUAUCAUUUCGAAACUUUUAUUUUUAUUUUCAAACCAAUCAGAAAGAAACAUCCAAAAACUAAAACGAGAAUAACUUCGUUGGGAGCAGACUCGCUCAUAUUUUCUCCUAUUUUGCGCAAAUCGAAGAACCGCCCAUUUUCUUUGACUCGGCCUCACGUGAAAAAAAAAUCAUUCCAUUCAGCGUUUCACACUUGGAAACCCAGGUUUUUCCUGAGUUUUCUUCCACUUCUGCUUGCUUCCAAAAUCGUUUAUUUCUUCAUCUGACUCAUUCGAUCAAUUGUCAUGACUAAGAAGCUCUCGAAUGAAAACUGGUGCUGCAGAAUUUGUUUUCAUUUUAUUUUUUCUGUGUAAAAAAAUUAUUUAAAAAAAGUACAGCGUUCAUGAAAAAAAUUCCCAGUCUAAAAUAUCUGUUCAAAGACUCUUAUUUAUUUUCUAGACUUGACAUUCGAAUAGCUGCGACAUGUAUAUGACUUAUUAUAAUAUAUCAAAGUAUCUUCAACUUUCUAUGACAGAAAAAAAAAUCGUGUGUAUAGGAGCCGUUUCCCUCUCACUUCAACUAUUAAAAAAACCCUUUAGCUAAAAUUACAGGAAAUCCCUCUUGAAUAGCAAAAAAAUUGAGGAGAUAAACUUAUUUUUCAUGAUUUUUUUCCCCAAAGUUAUGAAAAAAAAGAAAAUAUUGCUUAAGCCUAAGGCUUCUUAAAUGAGAAAAAAUAUCAAAUUUUCGUCUUUUGCUCGUCGAGAGGCGUCAGGGUUGCGACUUUGCGUCGUUCUGCUGCGAAAUGUGUUUUGAAAAUUAAUUUUCUUUGAAUUCAAAGCGCUCUAAUAUUAGAGAGACAUUAGCUAAUGUUUCAUUUUUUCUAUGUAUGAUCAAUCGUGUCUUAUGGUUUUUCCUAUGGUAUAAUUCAUUUUUUCGAGAAAUUAUCUGAGUAUUUAGAAAUUUAUUACGAGUUUCUACUUGAAACCCUCGUUUUGAUUCAAUUUAAUGUUUCUCGAAGCAAAUUUAAUUUUGGUCAUAAUUUUAUUUUCUCCAAGUGAUUCGAUGUAUCACCUGUCCAGUGGCAUUUGGGUGGAAAUUUUGCGGUUGCCAGCCACCCGUCGCUUUCCACUUCACUCAUUACCCUGUUUUCUGUUUUCUUUUUCUCUUCCACACCUCCAAUAUGAGUUCCGGGUGUCUUUCAUUAGCCCCCAGAGCCGCUGUUUCUUCAUGAAAGGUGAAAGGAUUUCGGCCUCAUUUUAUUGUUUCAAAAUGGGGGGGUUUUUUUUUAUUUUCUCUUGUCCUUCUUCGACAUUUCAUUCGUGUACAGGAGAUGAUUAUAUAUUCCUGAAAAUGCGACCUAUAAAAUUUAUAGUCAAAGUAGAAUACAAAACUUUUCUGUUUAUGUCUUAAGCUUAGUAUCAUGUACGUAUUUACUUUUACCACUGUAAUUUGCAGCAUUCUUACUCAGAAGAAAAAACAACUUCGUUUUCAUCUCAACACCAAAAAUAAAUAUUCACGCUGUAAAUUUUCCUAGAAUCCUUCGAGCGUCAUUUUCGUGAAUAAACUAUUAUGUUUUCCACCUCUAUUAUAAAAAAAUAUUAUGGAGAGGUAUAAGCUUUCGCCAGAAAACCUAAUCUCCUCUCUUAUAUAUUUCUGCUCCACGUGAAGUUCGCAGAAAAUGCGACAAAGUCUUAAGGUUUUGAUGGUCUAUUUCAAGCUCUUUCUUUCAAAAAUUUCCAACUUACCGUUAGUCUACAAUACUUAACCUUUUCGAAUUCAUUAAUCUUUUUUCACCGUUUUUAAAUAUAUUCAUUUUUUAUUAAAAAUCAGUGGUUGUCUUGGAAUGACUUGUAGCGGGGCGGCUGUUGCUCAACUGACUUAAAAGGAAUUACAUUAGAAAUUAUAAUUCCAAACUUCCGUUUCGAGUCAGUUUUUCGUGAAUCUUUGAGCUCCUUCACAACAGUGUUUCGAGACGAGAGAACGAAGAACCAAGACAAUUUGUACUUUGAGGACCGUCGUCACUAUCGGCUCUUCGUCAGCGGCGUCAGAUGAGCGUCGGCGUCGAGCACAUCGAGCUGAUGCGCAACGGCUCCAAGGAGCAGAAGGCCAACGACGUGCAGUUCAAGAAGAAGGUCAGCCGGCAACACACACAUGGUUUGUUUAGAUUUUAUGCGGCUAGUUACAUAAUUGACUCACUUUUAUCUUAAGCGAAUUGUUACAUAACUAAAGAGUUUUCAUGAUAGUGUCUCUAAAAAUCGACAGGUACCUCUCUUUUUUUGUAAGAAUCCAUCGGUAGAUCAACCAUAAAGAAACAUCUUAUUUUUUCAUACCAAUGAAAAAUGAACUUUUUUUUUUGGAAGCCGCUAUUUCCUAACCCCGUAAAUAUAUUUUUUUUCAUUAUUACAGUUAUUUAUUUCACUAUUGUCAAAAAUUUUUCAUUUCCCUCUUCACUUUUAUUUUAGUUUUUGAUUUUCUAUGAUCGACAGGGCGCUAAAGUAACUUACUUUUGGAAUGAAAAAUUCUGGAAAAGUCAUUACAAUCGAAACUUUUCGCAUUUUAUUUGAAAUUCACAUGAAAAGCUGAACUGGGAGCAAUCCAAAAAGCGUUCAAUCUAAUUGAAAGGCUUUGCCGCUCGAGCAUCAUUCUUGAGAGAUUGAUUCUCACUCAGGUUGAGAAAAAAGAAGUCGUUAACUUUUAAAAGCCAUCUGUUUUCGAAAAUCUCAUCUUCUUGGGGGUUUUCUGUUCUCAUUUCAGAUUUUCGUUUCCUGCGGAUUCCAAGAAGUUCUGUUGGCAAUAAGACCUCCCUAAGUUCGAAUAUACUUUAGUUUGACAAACCUUUGAAGACUUUCGAGAGGCCAAGUGCUGAUCGGUCAGGGAUCCGAACGGAAGACGCCAAGAUAAUGAGAAAAAGAAGGGGAAAUCAAAAAUCUGUUUGCUCUUACGCUUCUUGCCAAGCACUCCGCACACAAAUUCUGCUUGUUCCUCCGCGGCUUCUCUCCACUUCUUCUGUGUUUUUCAAAAGAUCUUUCGGUUUUCACUCAGAAAAACCGUUCAAAAAAAAAAAUAGUAGUUUGCGCAUUUUUUUAAUGUAAAUAACGUUUCCGCAAGUUUUUUUAAAUGCUGUAAAAAUGUUUCAAACUACCAAAUAUCUCAAAUCGCCCUUUUUAAGAAAGCUUCCACGACUUGACCUUGAUGCCCGAAAAGCCGGAAAAACCGUUUAAAAGUUUGCUUUUUUUUUUGAAAGUUUUCACUCGAACUAUCCCUAUUUUACUAUCCCUUUUUUAUUUUAUCAAAACUAACUUCCACAUAUGUAGAACGUUGUGUCUAUGUUUUUCUGUCUAACAAAGAAUAAAUAAUGCCGCUUGCCUGCAACUUUAUAACAAUCCAAGUGUCUUUCUUUUCUCUUUAGUUAGAUUUACUUCCUCUUAGUUAGUGAGAAGUUUGAAAAUUUUUCGAAAGUUUUUGAUGGACUAUAUGUAGGUCUUAUAAAGUUCUACCUGCGCGAAAAAUUUUUCCAUCCUUCGGCUGUUGACAAAAAGUAAUUUUUCAAUACUCAUAACUCCAAACAAGUUUUGCACAAAUAGUAGCUGAUAACCUCAUCAGAUUUCAAAAAGCUUUUUGGCGAAUUAAUGUCAAUUUACAAAUUUUACCUAGAAAUCAUCUUCCUGAUUAGGCUUCCAGGACCUCUUUCGAACCUCUUUCUAAAAAAAAGAACUUAGGCGAAAAUGGGAAGAUUCUGCUUCCGGCUCCUCGGAAAAGGGCUUAGAAACUUUCCAGCAAGCUGUCCUUAGCCUUUGACAUUGCCUCCUAACGCCUCUACUCACUUUCCAAAAGUCUGGUGGAAGGAUCAUUUCCAUUCUUUCACUUUCCAAAGGCCUUCCGACUACCUUCUGAACACCUUACCAAGGCCUUCUCAAAACCCUCCAGCUUCCAUUCACCUUUCAAUCAUUUGAUGGUUACCUUCCCUUCAACUUCCCAGGAUUUGCCUGAAAAUAAGUAUUUCAUCUUCUUCAAUUUCUAUUUUGAGAGUUGGUUUCAUCAGAGAGUAGCAAUUUUUUUUUUCUUUCUUGUUUUUUGUUUGUCUGCUCUUCCGUCGCCUCGGCUCUUUUUGACGCCUUGUUAGACAAAUGGCCGCGUUCGUUGGAAAAGGCCUCUGCGCCGACACUAUUGGAGGUCCUUUUUAUACAUAUUCUUCCUACCACUUUUUUGGACUAGAACGGAAAUUAGAGUAAUUUAUAAUUUAGGAACUCGUAUGAUUAUAGGAUUAUCAAUUUUAGGGCUUAACGAAAAAGAAAAAGAAAACGAAAGCUUGCAAAUACACAUUAGAUACGAAUUGAAGCUUUCAAACUCUAAUCGUGUAUUUUCAAACUUAUUUACUCAAUUUUUUUGUGAAUAUUUUUUUGGAAGAAAGGUUCUUGUUAAAUACCUUUUUUCCCCCUAUUUUAGAGCAUCUCGCCAAUGCAACUCAUCCUUUCACUGGUAUCGGUAAGUUCUGUGAGCUUUGUUUCAUUUGUUCAUGAAUUUAUCUGUUUUUUUUGUUGUUUCAAAAACUGAAGAGAAUUUGAAAAUGUUUCCUGAAUUAUAGUGAAAAAGUUAAUUUUUUAGUUUUCUUGAGGAGCCGGUAAUAAAGACUUAUUUUUUCGUUGAUUCACGAUGUUUUUCGAUGAAAUCUUCACAUCUGUAGCGAAAUUUGUGUGAUGAGAAGGUGUUUGAAUGUAUUUCAUGUACCAAAAAAGGUUGAGCAGAUUUUAUGAAUGAUUCAUCUUUUUUUUUCCAACUGGCUUGAUAUUUUUUCAUUUGUCUUUCAAAUAAAGAUUCACUUUUUUUAAAAAAAUCUCAUACCAGUAAUUAUAAAAAGCUUCUUUUAUCUGAGACAAAAUGAAACAUUUAUGUUUAUGGCCAUCAAUAAAACAAAUUGGUUUUCUCCUGUUUUCAAAAGGAGCCGUACGUGAAAAGAGCACGAGGUGGGCUCCCGGGGCGUGGCUCAGCGCCGAGCCGGCUCACAAUUCUUUUCUUAUUCCACGGCAACCACGCACUUUCCAUGCCUUCCAAAACAGUUAAAGGUCGAAAAGGUAUCUUUUGAUUCUAAAUAAUAUAUAUCAAGUCUUUGAAGUCUAGAUAAUCGAGAACUUUUGUUGAAAAACCUACAAAUAACUUUUAAGGUGACCUCACUUUAAAACUUGUCUAUAACUAGCCAUAAUCUCUUUUUUUAAAAAUAGUUUUGUAAACAAUCCUUUUUUCAGUCCUGUGAGAAGGUGCUGGCCACCUAUAUUUUCAAACGAUUCUAGACUCUUCUUGCUUGCGUCGCCUGCAUAAUCCUCUAGCAGAAUGCGAAUGCAUGAAAAGCCGCUCAUAAUUUUGAUGGCUUUUUUCUUCGAUCAAUAACCAUAGUAAUCGCUUUCUAAAUCUUCCACUAACACCUGAGAAAAAAGUCAUUGUCUCAAGUAUUUCAUUUAAAACUUCUUUGCAGAGUUGGUAAUCGGAACGGACCAAGAUCCUUACAACAAAGAAGAGCUCGUCAACACUUUGAGGGUCAGUUUCUUUACUACAAGUUUAAAUAAAAAAAAGAUUUUGUUCUUAUUCUUUUUUUUGGAGCCCAGAUAAAUGUGAAAAAUUUCUGAAUGCCCAGGUUGUGGGCCGGAAGUAUGGCGUGUAAUGCGGCAAUUUAUGCGAUACUUUCGCUUCAGGAAAGACUUUUUCCGCUCUUUGACAUAUGUUUAAUGUACAACCAGCAAUGACUUGAACUCGAUAAGUUCAAAAAAAGUCUUCAAAUUUUAAAUUGAAUAUGGUUUUAAAUAUUUUUUUUUUAUCAUCGUGGAGUAUUUUUUGAACAAUUAUCGACUUCAUCGUAGACGUUUCCAAUUGAACUUUGAUUUUUCGAAUGAAACACCGACCGAAACACUUGGAAAAAAAAAUUUAAGCAAUCUGUAAUAUUAAAGCCCAUCUACGGGGAAGUAUCAAAUACUUUUUUAUCUCAGGCUUUUGCUAGUUAUCUCACUGAAAAAGGGAGAAAAUUCACGAUAAAAAAAAACGAAUAAAACUAUUCUUCAGGGCCGAGAGCUCGGAUUCUUCGUGAUUUUCUACAUUGUGGCGGUGAUGGCCAUCGUCCUCAUGUUCGAGUUUUUCAUGCCGGUUCUUUUCAACCCUGACUACCCUAAUUCUUAA